AAUAGCCAAAGGACUUUGUUCCCCUUUAAUUUUUUUUUUUUUUUUUUUUUUUUUUUUUGGUUGGCUCGCUCAAUGGUCGCUAUUUGUUUAUUGACAUGACCGCCUGGUGCAAUUUGCUAGAGAAACAUUUGGAGAAAGAAAGUAAGAAAAGAAGAGACCAAAUAAAUAGAAUCCCCACACCUCUCCAUGUUUAUAUCGUCCCUCUCUCCCUUCUUGCUCUUCCUUUUCUUCUCUCCUUUUCCACCUACUCUCUGCAUUUCACUAUCAUAUCUUUUUUGUCUUUGAGUUUUGUGCUUGGCACAGCAAAAAAUCAAAUUCAAAAGGGUCUGGUCGGCCUUAUCUCGAGGAUACUACAACUAAACAAAAGCUAUCGUCUGGUCAUCUCAGCAGUCUGACUCCUGAUGCCUCUCCUCAAGGCACCGUCACAACAGCCAUUGAUCUACCAAUACCCAUGCUUGUAGCAACAGCCUCAAACCAUCACAUGAAACUACCAGAAAUGGGGGU